AUGUCAUCUGUGAUUACUGCCUUGACACCGAACCAGGUGAAUGAUGAAUUGAAUAAAAUGCAAGCGUUUAUCCGUAAGGAAGCUGAAGAAAAGGCAAGGGAAAUUCAAUUGAAAGCUGAUCAAGAAUACGAAAUUGAAAAGACUAGCAUUGUUCGUAAUGAAAUUAGUAACAUCGAUGCCAAUUUCGAAGACAAGAUGAAGAAAGCAUCGUUGAAACAACAAAUUACAAAGUCAACCGUUUCUAAUAAGAUGAGAUUGAAAGUUUUGUCCGCUAGGGAAGAAUGUCUCGAUGCAGUCUUUGAUAAAGCCUUGGAAGAUUUGAAAAAACUUGUAAGAAAGGAAAAAGAUUACAAACCAAUAUUAAAAUCCCUUAUUUUGGAAGCCACUUUAAGACUUUUGGAAUCAAAAAUCAUUGUUAAGGUGACUGCUAAGGAUAAAAAAUUGGUUGAAUCACUAGCUGGAUCUAUCUCAGAGGACUACAAGGAAAAAACUGGUAACCACCUCGAGAUUUCCAUUUCUGAGGAAGGAUUGGAUAAAAAUACUGCUGGUGGUGCUGUCGUCACAAACUCUGACGGUAAAAUUGUCGUUGACAACACUUUGGAAUGUCGUCUAAGCAUGUUGAGCGAAACUGCCCUGCCAGCUAUCCGUUUGGAACUGUUUGGUCGUUCCAAAUCCAGAAGGUUCUUGGAUUAG